CGCUGCUGCUGGAACCCGAUGACUGCGCGGCUGCCGUCGCUUACUGCUUGCCACGCGAGGCGCUGUGGCUGCUGACGCGUGCAGGGCACCUGGUGCGCGCCAACGCAGCGUGCCGCCCCAUGCUUGUGCUGCACCGCGUGUGCCCGCUGCCACCCCCGGCGCCACAGCCCUGCUGCCUGCACCUGUACAGCCACCUCGCAGACCCUGGCAGCGCAUUCACCUCCUGGGAGAUAGUGCGCCAGCACAGGGGCGAACUGCACAGCAGCACCAUGGCCUGGGCCUCGAAGGACAAGAAUCGGUACCUGCCCGUGGUGGGGCACACAGACGGCGCGUUGUCUGUCCUCGAGUGGGUCUCAUCGAAGACUGUCUUCCGUAAUGUGGCGCACAGUCCAGGCCCGGUCACAGCUAUUGCAUCCACCUGGAACAGCAUCGUGUCUUCAGGUGGAGACCUGACCGUGAAGAUGUGGCGAGUCUUCCCUUACGCCGAGGAGAGCCUGAGCUUGCUGCGCACCUUCUCUUGCUGCCACCCAGUCGUGACACUCUGUGUGCUUGGCAAACGUGUCACCGUAGGCUUUGAGGACCCAGACAGUGCCACCUAUGGCCUGGUGCAGUUUGGCCUGGGUGACAGCCGGCGAUUUGACCACCGGCCCCAGGACGACCCCGUGGACCACAUCACCGGCCUGUGCUGCUGCCCCUCGCUCAGGCUGUAUGCCUGCUCCAGCCUGGACUGCACCAUCCGCAUCUGGACUGCUGAGAACCGCCUGCUGCGGCCUUGGCCUUCUGCGGCAACAGUGGGGACCUGGUGCUGGCGCUGGGCUCCCGCCUCUGCCUGGUAUCCCAUAGGCUCUACCUGCCCACAUCCUACCUGGUUAAGUGGACGACCCUCCACUGCCGCUGACCAGCCAAGAGUCACUGACCUCCGCCCAGCUGCAGAAGCUUGCCAACCUACACGGGGCAGCCAGCCUCAGGUCUAAUGGCAGUCCUCAUCCCUGCCCCGACCCACUGAUAUGCCACCCAGUGUCCCACCUGUGCCUGUCCCCAUCUGCAGUGCUGCCUUGUCCUUCAUCCACAAGAUGACACCAACUCAGCAGCCAGUGGUGAAGGAGGACUUGGAAGCCCUAGUGGCCCGGGAUCGAGACCUUGAGCAGCUAAGGCUGGGGUUAGUGGUCCCAGCAGACCGGCCCCCGCCCUCCUGGCAGCAGCGCCGGGAAGCCUUCGACAAUUACCUGCGCCUGAUCUAUGGUUCUGGCCUGCUGGGUGUGCAGUCUAGAAGGGAGUCCUGGCAAUGGAACACUGGGACCCUCACAGUGGAGAGAGAGAUCUGGGACAUGUGUGCCCUGCCCAGAGCUGGCCCCUGUCUCUGGCAGGCUGGGGUCAGCACUGAAGCCCAGACAGCACCAACAGCCCUGCCCCCUCAGGACCUGGGGGCCCUGGGCCAGCGCUUUGCCCACCCUCCCCAAAUCACCUUGCCUAUCCCACCCACCUACCGAAGGGUGCAUAGCAGGGCAUCCCAGCUUCUGUCCCGCUCCUCCCUGAGCCACGACCUGGGUCUCAGCCUGGAUCUGCAGCUGCAGUGGGAGCAGCUCCAAGGGAGGCCGACCAUGGACUUGGACCCACCAUCCUCCCACCUGCAGCACAGGAUCCCUCUGCUGUGGAAGAGACGGCCCAAGGAGCCUCCGUCUAACUUUGGGGGUUUCUUUCCUGCUACCACACAGCCCUAUAAGCUCUGCCUAAGUCCCAUCAGCUUCCCUGGCUGCGUGCCCAACUCUGUGGUGCUACAGCAGAUGUGGCUGCCUGCAGAGAUCGGCUGCCUGGGGUCCCUGGCCCAGCUCACUUCCCAGAGGAGACGCAAGCCAGGUGUGAGCCAGUAUGACCUGUGGCUGCAGCGGCACAGCAGGCAGUUCCACACGCAGUGGCAAAGGAAUCUCACCCAGUGGUUAGGGGAGAAAGAAGAGGAGGAGGAAGAGGAGUGGGAGGAGGAGCUGGACCUGGAGGCUGACUGGGUCUCGGCUUCCCUGAGCCCUGAGACGUCACAGGCUGACCAGCAGAUGGAUUCUGGCAAACGGGAUGGGGUGAAGACCUCUGCGGACUUGACCCUGGAGCGCCCCCAUGAGGCCGCCAGGACCGAGACCUCCCUUCACCCCGAGUACCACCACAGGCGCUCGCUCUGGGAAGAGCGUUUUAGGCAUCUGCCCAAGUUCCUGCAUUUUUUCGUCUGCCAGAACUGGUUCAAAAAGCUGUUCCCCAUCUUCACCGUGGAGGCAUACCCGGAGAUGGGCACAGUGGAGGGCCUGGCCUCACUACUCCUGCGCCUGCUGAAGGAGGCCACGUGGGUGGACCGCGUGCACAUCCUGCGUGCGCUGCUGAGGCUGCUUCCUGACGUAAGCAGCACCCUCAGAGGCCGGCUGCGGAGCAUACUCGUGCAGUUGCUCAACCUGGACCAGCCCCCCAGCCUCCAGGACUGGACUCAGAGGCAAUUCGUGUUGCUGGCACUGCAGCUGCUCCUGGCCUGCUCCCUGGAGUCCCGAGACGUGGUGCUGGAGCUCAUGUCCUACUUCCUCUACUCCCCAGCCUCCUGCCAGCCAGAGCUCAGGAAGCUGCUAGACGGGCUGGGCCUUCAGGACCCGGAGGGCUUCCUGUUCAAGGAGAUGCUGACCUGGGUGCAGGGCCCUGACCUCAACUCCAAGGCUGCGCUGCGUAGACGCUGCUGCCAGAAGCUGGAGGACCUGAUCCAGCAGCUGCAGAAGACCACAUCGCAGGCUUCGAAGGCCUCGGUGACACCGUCGGGCGCCUCCUGGUCAUCCUUAAGCACGUCCAAGAGGUUCCUGCAGACCUCAGAGAAGCCCGUGACGGUGGUCUCACCUGUGCAGCCAGACCUGGCUGCCCUGCAGCUCCAGAGCGAGCGGGUGCUGGAGCAGAUGCGCAUCCAGCACACCCGAUGUGUGCUCUCGGACAUGCUGCAGAGCUUCCCCUCGGUGCCUGAGACCGACCUGUACUCCUCAGUGCCCUCUGCGCUGCCUCAGGGGCCACCGCCACUCGAGAAGACAGACUGGUCAAAGUCGCAAAUGCUGGACCUAUGCCUCAUUGACACGCUCAACUUAUUCUGCAAGCAGCAGCGGGCAUGGCAACAUAGCUUAAUCCCGGAGGCCGAACUCCCACCCCUGAUGGUGCCCAACACGGUGGUGCCGCCAGCCCGGGAUCGUUGGCACCACCCCAUCCUGCGGCUUCAGGAGGCCAACAUUCAGAAGUCUGGGAUGAGAUUGAGGGGCCGAGUGUUGUCCCGUACUGGCCGCACCCUGGAUGGCUCCAUCCGGAUGUUGAAGCUGCCGCUGCCACGAGUGGAGGUGCAGCCUUUCCCCCCGGGCUGGCCCAGGCCUGCCCACUCGCAGCCCCCGCUGCUCCUACAGCCUGCUCUGCAGCGCUACUUUGUGCUAGAUGACACAGACCCUGACAGCUACAGCUGA